AUGCCCGCCCGGCUUGUCGAAAUUACGGGCACAUCCGAAACUAUCAGCUUGCGACUCCGCCAGACGGAAGAAGUAGGAAGCGUUCCGUUUGCCGCACUCAGUUAUUGCUGGGGUGGCGAACAGCCUAUGAAGUGCGACAGCUCCAAUGUUGUUUUGUAUGUAACUGCAAUUCCGUUCGAGAAGCAACCGCAAACCAUCAAAGAUGCCGCAAGGGUCUGUCAGGGAAUGGGAUUUCAGUACCUUUGGAUAGAUGCGCUAUGUAUCAUCCAGGAAAAUUCCACCGAAAAAUCUGUUGAGAUUGCCAAAAUGACCUCCAUCUAUGGCAGCGCUAUGGUCACGGUUGUGGCAGCCCGGUCGUCCUCGGCCACCGAGGGGUUUCUGGGGGAAAGAUUUCCAGGCCCGAAAAAGGGCGCCCUUGUUCCGUAUCGCUGCUUCGAUGGUGAACUUGGUUCUAUCACUCUCGUCAAGCUCGAUGACGGAUUUGAAUCGGUAGAGCCAGUCGAUGAAAGAGACGAGAUGGAUAUGCUGCAGCAACAAGAUCUUCGGGCUUUCCUUGCGAAGGGGUUAACGGACGGCUGGAAGAGGGACGCGAACUACAGCAGCAAGCGAAAGACAGAAGCAUUGAACCUCGAGAAUAUCCGCACCGCCAAAUCCACGAUUGGCUUCUAUGGCCGACCAAGGAACAGCCAAUUCAAGCAGUAUUUAAAUGCUAUGCAGCAUUGGGAGAAAAUAUGCGAAACAUUCACUCAGCGAGCGUUGACACUCUCGUCUGAUCGCGCCUUGGCCAUCUCUGGAAUCGCACAAAUCUUCAUUGAAUUGUCCGGGGAUAAGUACAUUGCUGGUCUCUGGAAGUCGUACCUCCACUCAGGGCUGUUGUGGAAGAUUGAACACAGCCAUGUACAUCCCAAGAACAUACCCCGGCCAACAACCUACCAAGGCCCUUCAUGGGCGUGGCUCUCUGUCAACGGGCCCGUCCAAUUUGGCCAAGUGAGCAGGCCAUCCGAGUGCAUUGCAGAGAUUCUCAGCUGCGAGACGGAGCCUGCAAACGAAACAGCUCCGUACGGCUUAAUCCGCGAGGGCUCUGGCCGACUGGUGAUAGCUGCUCGUACUGCUCCAGCAUCGAGAACCAAGACGCCGUUGAGAUCUCCUGGAAGAUUCAAAGAUGAGGUGAUGAUUCUAGGCUUCGGCAAGUCCUUCGGCAAGCCCUUCGUCUGCCACGUUAGCACCGAGAUGCGCUGUGAUGUUCAAGAGGCAGAGAUCGACGCGGUAGAGCAAACCGCCGGCUGUCUAGUUGUGGAGAUCACUCGGAGGACCGACAGGGACAACAAAUUGUGCUGCCAGGGUCUAGUUCUUCGGUGGAGCUCUCCAGAGAGGAAAACAUACUCCCGCGUCGGACGGUUCACCUACUACGGUGACCGGAAGGGACGCCUUUUCGCAGAGCAUGUCAAAGCUGGGCAGCCAGCAGAGGUGGAGUUUGACUGGUUUGCGGAUGAGCCAAAGGUCAUAGAGAUCAUCUGA